CCUCUGUGAUCCAAUCCAAUUCAAUCCAAAUUUGAUGUCGUCUACUCUGAAACACGGAGUGGUCUGAAAAGCGGUGUUGUGCUAUCGAGGAGCUCCGAAACCAUGAAUAUUAUAGGGCUAAUUGCGAAGUUCUCGAACGUCAGGAUUUCGUCAGUUUACCAACUGCGUUCACUUGUGCCAACAACAUACAGCGCUUUUCAUACGUCCGCUCAACUCAAUGCAGAACCUUUGAAGAAGAAAAAACGAGUCGAUCCAGCGGUCCUGAGAAUGCGAGAAGAAAGACGAAAGCGCAAGCUUGAAAAAGGCAUUCGCCAACUAAAAAAACACGGGAAAAAGUUAAAACCUAUUGAUGAGAUGGAGGUACCACCUACACUGCAGAGAGAAAUCAGCAAGAGGAGAAGAGGUGCACCUGUUCUCACCUAUGAGACCUGUCAGGAACGAGCGGCACUGCAACGUGCAUGGACGACAUAUCGCCAGCAGAUGCAUCGCUGCGAGGCCUCAAUGAUAGAAAGGGUUGUUGCUGCACAAUCCAGAGCACUAGAGGAGUUGUACAACGAGUCACCUGAGCUUUAUCAAGCAGCAAUUCAGCCAGACCAUACCCUUCUGCCUUUCUGUCUAAAGGCCAUUGUUGAAACCCCACCAAUCAAGGGUUACGAAGUUCCAGAUGGUCUGUACGAGGACACCACUAAGAAAUGGAGGCCUUGAUGUUUUCACCACAAUGCCGUAGCAUGUUGCAACAAAUUUACCAAGUCCCGUGGACGAAGUGUCCUCAUCUAGAUAUUUCUGUGAAAGCAGACUUGUGCGUGCAGCUGGUGUCAGUCAUUGCUAGUGAAAUGUCUGCUGUAGGGUGCCUGAAAAAUAAAGCUUUCUUCCCCCAUGAGGAACCACAUG